AUGAUAAUAGCUCUGCCCUCGCCAAAUGAAAAUACUUUUAAGCACGUUGAACAAGAUUUCUGGCGGAAAUGGCAUACACCAAACUGUAUGGAUAGUAUGGAUGGCAAACAUGUGCUCAUAAAAGAACCUAAAAACAGCAGAUAUAUGGACUCUAAUGGCAAAGAACGUGACAGCCGUAUUUUUCAAAAAUUCGAGAUGGGGAAAAAGAUUGCCAAGAACAACUUUAAUUUCCCUGUAUCUAAAUGCCUUCCAAACAGUGAUAUUUUUAUGGAUCACUUCAUACCAGGUGAUGAAGCAUUUGCACUGAGUAAUUAA